AUGGCAAUGUCUUGGACAAGAGGAUUAAAGUAUGUUGUUGCUCCAAGGCAUGCGGCUCAACUGGUAGAGAGUAGAGGUCUUGCCAUUGCAAGCAAGGCAAAAAAGGGUGGAAAAGGUGGCGCAGCUGAUGCCGCUAAAACUCCUGCACUCAGCAAAGAGCUUAAGAGUACAACAGUGUUUGGGGCAAACAUUCUCAAGGAGGGUUCUGAUCCAAAAAUUCAACCAGACUCUGAGUAUCCCGAGUGGCUGUGGCACCUGCUCGACAAGCGUCCUGUGCUAAGUGAGCUGCGGAGGAAAGAUCCCAAGACGCUUCCUUACGAAGACCUGAAGCGUUUUGUCAAGUUGGAUAACCGAUCCCGGAUCAAGGAAAACAAUGCUCUCACUGCUAAGAACUGA